AUGAUUGCUGGUUCAACUAUUACAGAACAAUUUGGUGAAGUUACCACUGGUUCUGAUAUUACUAAUGAUAAGUAUGAUGGGCUUAUUGGUAUGGGUUUUGCUAGCCAAACAAAAGAUGGUCAAAAUCCUGUUGUCUAUCAAUUAUAUCAAUUAAAACAAAUAACAGCUCCUCAAUUUUCAUUUUAUCUUUCUACAGCUGCCAAAGAAAGUAAGAAUGGAGGUGAAUUAAUCUUGGGUGGCGUUGAUAAAUCAAAAUUCACAGGAUCAAUAACUUGGACGCCUGUUACGGUUGCAUUUUAUUGGCAAUUUAGUUUGACAAAUGUGAAAGUGGGAAAUAGAUUGCUCAGUGGUAGUCAAGGCUGUCAAGCUAUAGCAGAUACGGGUACAAGUCUUAUUAAUGGUUAUACAGGAUUUGUGAAAGCCAUACAUAAAACAAUUGGUGCUAAAUAUUCAUCAGUGGUGGGAGCUUAUGUUGUACCGUGUUCAAAAGUAUCAGCACUACCAAGUUUAACGUUUACAGUAAGUGGUCGACCAUUGACCCUAUUAGGAUCACACUAUACUUUUAAAUAUAUCUCACCAAAAAAAGUAACAUAUUGUGUCAGUAGUCUAACUGGAGACGAUUCAGCUCAAGAUGAAUUUGAGAAUAUUAUAUGGAUCUUAGGUGACGUUUUUCUAAGAAGAUGGUAUUCUGUUUAUGAUUUAGGAACAAGUGCUGUUGGUUUUGCUAAAUCAAUAUCCUAUAAUACAUAA